UCAAAGCAAGAACUCGUGCCACUCACUCUGCUAGACUGCUACGUACAGCCAACAGCUUGGCUACACAGCCAAGAGAUAGAAGCCAUGAAGAAGACGGUCGUCCUGUACCCGGGCCUCUCCGUCAGCCACUUCGUCCCCAUGGUGCAGCUCGCCGACGUCCUCCUAGCGGAGGGCUACGCCGUGGUCGUCGCGUACAUAGACCCCACCGUGAAGGGGGGCAUGGGCUUGCCCGCCGUCGUCGACCGCCUCGCCGCCUCUAAGCCGUCCGUGGCCUUCCACAGGCUCCCUCGCAUCCAGGACGGCCGCGCCUUCGCCCACGGCGCCGAUUUCCUCGCCAGCUACCACGACUACGUGGGCAAGUUCGACGAGCACCUCCGCGACUUGCUCCUGUCCAUGCCGCCCGGCAGCGUCCACGCCCUGGUCGUGGACAUGAUGUCCGUCGGGGUCCUCGGCAGCGUCGCCGGCGAGCUCGGGAUCCCGGGGUACACCUUCUUCCCCUGCAGCGCCUCCACGCUCGCCACGUCCGUCCAGGUCUUGGCGAUCCGUGCGGAAGGCCGGCCUAGUCUCGGAGAGCUGGGAGACGCGCCUCUCCACUUCCGUGGCGUCCCGCCCGUGCCGGCUUCCCAUCUCACCGAAGAAGUGUACCAGGAUCCGGGGAGCGAGGCGUAUAGGGCGAUGGCCAACAUGUUCAGCGGGAUACGAGAAGCCCACGGAAUUCUAGCCAACACGUUCGGGUCGCUCGAGCCCCGUGCGGUGGGAGCUCUUGGUGACCCACGGUUCUCCCCCAAAAUGCCUCCGCUCUACUGCGUCGGGCCGCUGGUUGCCGGGUCCGGCGAGGCGAAAGAAGAGGGAAAGCACGAGUGCCUGGCAUGGCUUGACGAGCAACCAGAGCGCAGCGUGGUGUACCUCUGUUUCGGAGGCAUUGGCGCCGGCAACCACUCGGCCGAGCAGCUCAAGGAGAUGGCCAUUGGCCUCGAGAAGUCGGGGCACCGGUUCCUGUGGGUGGUGCGAGCCCCUCCCCCCGACGACGACACGGACCAGCCGUUCGACCCCACCGCCGACCCAGACCUCGACGCCCUUCUGCCCGAGGGGUUCCUCGGGAGGACCCGCGGCCGCGGCCUCGUCGUCAAGCUGUGGGCGCCGCAGGCGGAGGUGCUCCGCCACGCAGCGACGGGGGCGUUCGUGACGCACUGCGGAUGGAACUCGGUGCUGGAAGGGAUCACCGCGGGCGUGCCGAUGCUCUGCUGGCCGUUGUACGCGGAGCAGAAGAUGAACAAGACGUUCAUGGUGGAGGAGUACGGGGUUGGCGUGGAGGUGCUCGGGUGGCAGCAGGGGAUGGUGAAGGCCGGGGAGCUGGAGGCCAAGGUGAGGCUGGUCAUGGAGGGCGAGGAAGGCGAGCGCCUCAGGGCACGGGUCGCCGAGCACAGGGAAGCCGCGGCCUUGGCCAGGAAGGACGGCGGCUCGUCGCGCGCCGCGUUUGGCCAGUUCCUGUCGGACGCAGGCAGCCUCGCGCAGCCGCUGACACGCCCAUACACAUGUGCUUCCGGUUGACCCGUCAUUGCAUUUGCGCCGCAGCUGCUCAGAACUACUUUUAACUCUUAAUCUCUCUUAUAGUGUAAUCAUUAUAUUCGCCAACGCGCCUGCGCGGACUCCCGUUGCGGAGGCUACCCGCCCGGGUUCGAUUCCCAGUCUGGGAUCGCCCGGGUGUGGCACUGGGGUUUAUCCCCAGAGAGGGUACCGGGGUGUGUGUGUGCGUGCGUAUAUAUAGGUGUGUGGUGUGUGUGUGCAUGUGUAAGUCCUGGUAGGCGCGUCUUCGGACUUCCCGGCAGCCCAUUUGUGUUGAGCGCGCGGUCAGCGUGAGUGUCCAACUGAGUUCUUAAAUGUUUCCCAGUACUCCUGGGUGCUUUCAAAAAAAAAUAAUCAUUAUAUUCAUCAUUACAUGAAA